AUGCCUGCACACAGAACAAGUUUUUGCACCCAACCUGCCUCUUUGGGACGUUCCAUAAACACCCACAAAACUUCUCGCCGUUCCUCUCUUCUUUCUCCACAUGCCCGGCCUCCGUCUUUUUCUCAGUCCGUGGCUCGUGGCUCUAUUAGUGGUGCAAGGCCUGCUUGGCGCCCAUGCUUACGUUCGCCGACGCCACCCUGUGCUCUUGGUUUUUUCCAUUGUGGCCUUCUUGUGUGCCUCUGGGCUGGCGUUUUUAUGGGCGGCGCCUCCACUGCCAGCGAAAGAAAGGGCAGUUUGGGGGCUUUUGUCGCCACUUUACUUGGCUGUGGCAAUGUGGCUAGCCGCCAAGGUUUCUCCUGGGGGCGAAACUGCGGCGCUCCAGGCGCUUUCGAUGGCGGCUGCGUUCAGUAUGGGCAUGGCGCUCACACUAGAACAGGACCGCGGAGCCGCCCUGGAUGA